AUGGCCGAAGGCACUCUCACGCUCCCCCAAACUCUCAAUGGUGCCCUCAUUGUCUACACUGGUGAACUGUAUUGUCGGAUUGAGGAUUGUCCCCGCGCAUACGUGAGUAACUACAAAUGGUUGACAAAUGAUUGGCAAGCAGUUGUGAAGCAUCACUACACUGAUAUUGAGCGCAAUGCUGAAGGAGAUGGGUAA